AUGGCUUCCGCACAGCCCGUCAUGGCAACUCUGCCCUCCUCGUCCUUUUUCAAGUUCCCACCCAAUUCGAGCCCGGCUUUCAUUCCUCCUCCGCCCCCGGGCUCCAUGGCCUUCGCUCCGCCCUUCGAGAUUCCCGAUCACGUCUAUACCGCCCUGCUCGACCCCAGGGUCCCCCUCACCAUUGCCACUGUGUAUGCCGUGACUGUCAAGGCCCUCAACAGGUACAACAAGUCCACCAACAAGCGGCCGUGGGGCAUCAGCAAGACCAAACCCUUCUUCUGGUUUGUCGUCCUCCACAACGUCUUCCUGGCCGUCUACUCGGCAUGGACCUUCUGGGGCAUGCUCGGCGCUCUGCGCCGCACCAUUGUGAGCCCCAUGGGCCCGACCGGGCUGGCCGGCACCGUCGACAGCUUCUGCAAGCUCAGCGGCGCGCCGGGACUCGGCAACUCUGCCUACUUUGACGAGGAGACGAACCAGUGGCAGAGCUUCGCCGCCGGUGCCGUCCCCGGCAUGGAGCCCAGCCGCACCCAGCCCGGCCGCAUGUGGAACGAGGGCCUGGCCUUCUACGGCUGGAUCUUCUACCUGAGCAAGUUCUACGAGGUCCUCGACACCUUCAUCAUCCUGGCCAAGGGCAAGUUCAGCUCGACCCUGCAGACCUACCACCACGCCGGCGCCAUGCUGUGCAUGUGGGCCGGCAUGCGCUACAUGAGCUCCCCGAUCUGGAUGUUCUGCUUCGUCAACUCGGGCAUCCACGCCAUGAUGUACACCUACUACACGAUCACGGCCUUCAACAUCAAGGUUCCCAUGCUCAUCAAGCGCUCCCUGACCACCCUGCAGAUCACCCAGUUCCUCGUCGGCGCCUCCUACGCCAUGGCCCACUCCUUCGUCUCCUACACCGUUCCGGUCGCCGUCAAGGUCGCCCAGAACACCACGGCCGGCGCCUCCGCCGCCGCCGCCGAGGAGCCCGCGCUCAUUGAUAACAUCAAGAACCUGAUCCUCGGCGCCGCCUCCAAGGUCGCCCAGCCCAUCGCCCCCUCGGCGGCCUCGCAGCAGGCCGCCGCCGGAACCGCCGCGGAGCACACGACGUACGCGCAAAAGGUGGUGCCCUGCAUCACGACGUCGAGCCAGACCUUUGCCAUCUGGCUCAACGUGCUGUACCUGGCGCCCCUGACGUACCUGUUUGUGAGCUUCUUCAUCGCCUCGUACAUUCGCCGGAGCACGGCCGAGAGCGCGCGCGCGAGCAAGAAGAGCCGGGCCCUGUCGGCCGCCGACGGCAAGGGCGGCGCCGACGCCGCGACGGCGGCCGUGCUGCGCCGCCUCAGCAACGUCGUGCUCGCCGAGAAGGCGGGCUGGGAUGCGGCCCGCGGCCUGGAGAAGGAGGUCUACGGCGAGAGCAAUGGCGACGGCAGCGCGGUCGUCUUUGAGGAGGAGGAGGAUGGCGACGAGGCUGCGCCGGCCAAGUUGGCUGUGCCGGCCAAGGGGGCUAACGGCAAGGCCAAGUCUGGCAAGAAGGGCAAGAGGUGA